CCACUGUCUACACUGCUUCACCGCCGCACAGUGGCAGUGGUAAAAGUAAGAAAAACAGAUCCCCCCAACCCCCCCAAAUUGCCCCCGGAUCCCCAGAAAUGAUCCCUUGACCCUGGAAAUUACCCCAGAAACCUGCCAAAACCCCACCAUUUUUUUUAAAAAACAACCUCUCCUAACCGUGAAUACUUGGGUCGCUGUUUGCAAGGGCGGUCACAAUUUCCCAGUUGUAGAUACUCAGAUCCGCAAUUGGGAAACCCAUGAUAGGCGAGGGACAACUGUACUGGCAAAACAUACAGGGAAACCUGGCUAUUCGUGAACUCACCAUUUGUGUUUCUGUGUAUCCACGGGUGUCUGAUUGACACUCGAUUUCAUUAUCCAUGGAUACUAAAGGCUUAAAACCUAUGUAUACAUGGUUCCUAGAGGGCCGAAAGUGACCACGAGAUCAUUUCCAUCAUCCAUUUUGUAAUCAUUUCUAAGCAGCAUGCAAGCAGGAGCCAUUUUGUGCACAUUUCUCUUUUUAAAAAGCAUUUUCCCCAUAAUUGUUCCCAGUUUGGGGGAACAUUUUGCUGUUUGAGUGGCAUUGCUGCACACAAGGGGGACUCAAGGAGACCCCAGAGAGCACGGUAUAGGUGGGGGUUUUUGCCCAUUUUUCCCCUUUGCCCAUUUUUGUCCUAUUUUCACUGCUUUGGGGGGUAUUUUGCAAAUUGGGGGGCACAAGGAGACUCCACGGAGCAUGGUGCAGUAGGGUUUUGGGGUUGUUUUUUUUGCUGUUUUUCAACUUUUUGCCCUUUUUAUUCAAUCCAGGAACCUAACCCCCCCCCCCCUUUCCCCAUAGGCAUAAUGUCUCGUUACUCACUGUUUCGUUCCUCACAGUGGUAGGCAAGGAACGGAACCCCCGCUAGUAACGAGGUUUACCUGUGUUAGUGUUCUGGCUUUGUUAUAAAACUGGCCACGCUCUACAUAACUUUCCCAGCAGUUGCUAGGCUUAGAUUUUAAUGGGGCAGAAUUUUUGGACCGCUGCUCAAAACUUCAGCAAACCACUAAAAGUCACCCUUCCUAGACAAGCCUGAACAGAGUAAAUAAUUCAUUUUCCCCAAAAUUGAAAGAAACAUAUGCUACACUGUUCUAACUUUUUUAUUUUUUUGCUGAUCACCUAAACUAAAGGGGCACUCCCACGUCCCUUUAAUUAAAAGGAACACACACACACACAGCCUGUUGUAUGACAGUGAUGAGCUUAAGAUAAAACAGAAUGGGAAAAUGAAAGCCUUUGCACCCAGAAGGGGUGGUAGAGCCAAGGCACAAAUAGAUCCUUUUGUCAAGGAAAUAAAUCCAUUGGGCUGUGGUGAUUUUGACAGGAGUGGGCUUGAGUGGGUGGUGCGUAUAUUGCCGUUCUGUUCCCUGAAGUCCAUAGCACAGGUGUGGGGAGGACAUUGCAUACACACUGCUCUCACUGCCUGGAUGACCGUGUGUUUCAUAAGGAUAUGGAGAAAAUCUCUUUUCACUUCAGUGUUCUUAGGCUGCACUAGUAGCUUCGUGAGUUAUUGUUUAAUAAGAGUUGCUCAGUCAGUUGUUUGGGUAGGCAGUCAGUGAAAGGUUAAGAAAUUGUUUCUGCAGUUCUGAAAUGUGUUCACACAGAAGAGUGUAAGACAGCCCUGAUUUGCUAGAAAGAGGUUUAACGAAUGAUUCAUUGACAAGCCUGUAAAGGCAGAAGUUGUUUCAACGCAGAAUCAAAAAGCACACAGAAGCAUAUCAAUACUAACGCUAAAUUCAAGCAGUGAGAGAGGGCAGUUAGUCAAGUAGCAGUGGCAUCCACAGUGUUGAGUAGCCUGGAAGUGACUCUGCACUGUGUUUUCUGAGGGAUAGUGAUGAAUGCUUUGGUUCUUAACCCUGCCCACCAGUUGAAUUUGUGUCCACUAUGUAUGUACUAGACCUGGAACGUGAACGUCUGUUUGUCUCCCUGCUAUCUAUCUAUCUAUCUAUCUAUCUAUCUAUUCAUAUAGCUGCAGACAUUUUAGUACUUGAAUUGCAAAGGAACUAUAAUUCUGUUCAGGUGUUCAAAAGAAUGCCUCUGAACACGGUUACAAGUGUGGAAAGUGGGUCAGAAAUCCCACCUUGGCAAGUCACUCAGCCCCUCAGUUGUCUUGCUGCUCAUGGAAAUGGCAGAGUUUGUCUGCAGAGGGAAGUGCCACAACCAUGAUGGCAGGCACUUCUGUGCUCAUCAACCUUUCUGAAAAAUUUGGAUGUUCCUAGGUAGUUGUAAGAUCCAGAGUGUAGCAUGCAGCUACUGUAGAGUCAGAUCAAGUUUAGUCUACAGAGGAUUAUCAGAGUACAAAGUGCAAAUGAAAGAAAAUGAAGCUGCAGUGUUCCUUGAUAUGGUCUCACCAUAGACAAAUCCUGCAAUAAAGGAAGUCUUAACAAUCUCUCAUGGAUAAACCGUAAAAGAGAUAAACAACCAUGGUGGAGGAAUUUGCAGAAUACCUCCUGUCUGCUUCCGAGAGUCUUCUACUUGAAUAUGGACAAACUGAUAAUCCAAAUGAUGUAAAGAAGCUGCAAGAUCUUGUUAUGGUUAGGUUACAUGUGCAGUAUUUAAGCUAUCUACAAGACUUACAGUAUUGUGUUUCACUUAAAAUAUGUGAUUUAUCUCGUAAUUUUAUUACGAAUAUUGAUGCACUUGAAUGUUGCACUCAUUUAAUUAAGCUGGAUCUCCAUAACAAUCAGAUAGAAGACCUUCCAGGCCCAAUAUUUUGGAAGAACAUGAAGUACCUAAAUCUACUGUAUCUGCAUGAUAAUGGAAUUUCAACACUGGCAAAUGUGCAUUCAUUAUCUUUCUGUCCUAAUCUGAUUGCUCUCACCUUGUUAAAUACUCCACUGAGCCUGAAAAUAGCCUACAGGCAUAUUGUUGUUAACAGCAUUUUUUCACUCAAGGCAUUGGACUACUAUGUCAUCUCUGAUGAAGAAAUAAUGGAGAACUGGAGGCUUCCUGAAAAAUAUAAACCUUUCACUCCUGUCUUUUUUGUUGAUUUUAGCCCGCUUCCUGAAAAGGACAGCACAUUUCAGGAAGAAAUGAAAAUGGUUAAAGAGAUAAUUUCCAAGAUCAAUCAUAUUCUAGCUCAUUAUUCACCAGUUGUGAUUAUUCAGAAAUGGAUAAGAGGAUAUUUAAUUAGAAAAAUAUUGUGCCUGAUUCCAGUACGUGAAGUUCUGCGACACAAACGUUACAUCAGAGAAAACAUAAAGCGAAUUCACAUUCCACUCACACAUUCAGCAUAUGAUAGUAAAAGCUCUAUGUAUCACAUCAUUAAGCCAGAACAGCACACUGAGGUUGGAAAGCUCACAUCUGGGAUCCAAGUUAUAGAUGUAAAGGAUGUUAAGGAUCUUCAUUUAUAUCUAAGAAGAUUAAAACUGCCCCUUCUCUCUUCAGUAGUCCGACCAGAAGAAAAGAAAAAAAUGAUGCAAAUGGAAUCAAAAAAAUCACCAAGGAAGGAUCUCUUGGAUUGGAAGAAAAUGGAAACCAAAGAAGAGGAUGAGCUAAUAACUAAAUUUAGGCUUUCAGGAUACAGAAUGCCUUUCUAUUCAGUGUUUGAUGAGCUGCAAAAGUACACAGAGAAAGAAAAAGAUUUUUUUGAUGCUGUGCAUGGCUUGCGUUAUUUCAUGCGUCCUUUCCCACAGCCUAUGCCCAUACAUGACACAGGUUGUAUUGAGAAGAGGACCUUUGCUAGAGCAUUUGGAACUAUACGACUUCGCCCAUUGUGUGCCAUUGAUAAAGCAUACUUGGAAAGUCAGAGCUGGGAUAUCCAGCUUCAAAAGGAGCGGGAAGCUAUGCGAAUGCUGAUUUCUAAAAAUGAAGGUAAAGACUAUAUUGAUCAUUUACAUGAUGAAAAGAUAGAUACCAUUCAGAGGACAUUUGAAGAAGAGAAAAUGACGCUGCAUGAUAUUAUGAAGGAGAAUAAGCAGAACAGAAAAAUAUUAGAUAGUAAGAUGAGACAAAGGUAUGCUAGAUUUUUAGAAAGCAAGGAUGCGAAGGCAAUGGAACGUACAUUCAUUCAAGGCUUCAGCACUCAGCAUACUUCUUUGGCACGAGGCUUAUUAAGCCUGGAUGGCUGGAGGAGAGGAGAAGAAAUCAGAGCAAGAAAAAGAGGAAUGAUUAAAGCAAAUCUAGAAGAACAGAAACAGCGGAAAGAGGUGUUGAAACAUGUUCAAGAGCAGAGGUUACAGAUGUUACAAAAACGAAAUUAUUAUGAGAAAAUGUUUAGAAAAUAUGUAACAAAUGAAAUGACUAAUAAGAGAUUCCAGCAAUCCAAGGCAAGAGUUGAAGCUGCAAAGAAUCCUAGAGAGAAACUGUUACAUACAUUGCCUGUGAUUGGCAGUUCUGGCACAGCAAAACCUGUGGAAGAGUAUGAAGGUUAAGAUGGCAAGAAAUAUGGGGAGAGAAUAUACAACACAAACUGUGAUUUGCUCAAUUUGCUCUUUGCGUGUGAAAGAUAAAAACAUUGCUGUCAUACUUUUAUAACUGAUUUCUAUUUAUGUUACAAUUACUUUUGAAAUGUAAUCCAGAAAAUAAUAAUUUGAUACACAGAUAUAACUGAUCUUUUGAAAUAUUUCUGUAAGUUCAUGGGCUUAAAAAAGAAAACAGAUGUAGCCCAGUGUGCUAACUGUUAGCAAAUAUUGACUUUUAGACAGCACACAUUUCAAGCAUACAUACAAUUGCCUCUGUUCUUAGCUUUAAAACUGUAUUAUUCAAUGCUAUAUAUAAAAAUAAUUUGGGGAAAAGUCACUGGUUGCUAAUGUAGCCAAGUAGCAUGACUGCAAUUAAAAAUGUUGACUACACUUAUUGCAAACAGGACUGCUGGAGCUUUGCUGAUUCUUCAGUAACUGUAUAUACAACAAUGCCAUAAGCCAUUAGCUCUUGAUACUAGUAUGUAUUUUCAGUUGCUCUCUGGCUAUGCCUAAUGCAAUAAUUUGGUCCCAGCUGCUAACUUUCAUUAACACGCUGUGUACUUUGAUUAGUUUCAUUAGCUGCUUUCCUAUGUGUAAUUAAUUAUGCUUCGAGUUGAUUCUGCUUUAA